AUGUGGCAAGAUGAAUCAGGUGGUUUUAUGUGCUGUACAAUAGAAUUACUUGGGAUUUUUAAAAAGAUGAGUGAGCAUGUUGAAUCGUAUCUGAGCGAAGUGCAAUCUCGUGCAACUUUGCAACAAUCAGAUCGGGAAAAACUGCGGUUAGCAGUAUGUCUUAGUGAAGAGCAAUUGCGUAAGAUGGACAGUACUCUGAAAAGAACCACUGCGUUCAUGAAGAAACUCAAGAAUGUUGCUGCAGCACAAGAGUCAACGAUUCUGGCCGAUCUUGAUAAGAUUAAUCUAUCGAAAUUUGUUGAAGAGAUGGCCAAUUCGAUAGCGGAUGCAAAAAUCAAAACAAGUGAUAUAGCGACGGUUGUGAAUAUUUGUGUACAGUUGUCGUCGCUUUACGCUGAUUUCCCAUCAAUAUUACUUGCUGAGCUCAAGAAGAUUCUCCCAAUUCGCCGAUCAGACAAAAUCACAAAUCCAUCGAAACUUCGAAUCGACCUGAGGUUACUCGCCGAGUUGUGUCUGCACGGUGUGUUCGCUAAGGAAGGUGUCCAACUACUUGGUUCUACACUGUCAUACAUAACGCAUACAGACAAGACAGAUCAUUACAAUGUGCCCAUAUUAUUGCCUCUUUGCAAAUCACUUAGUGCUGAUAUAUUUGGUGUACAUCCUUAUUCGAUUCAGCAGGUUCGUUUUCUGUUUUUUCGGAUUGUUUUUAAUAUUUUACAAUGUUUACAAUAUUAA